AUGAAGUACGUUCUUGUAUCUGGAGGUGUGAUCUCGGGCAUUGGCAAGGGUACCAUUGUGCACGUCACAUCGAUCAAAAUCGAUCCGUAUAUGAACGUCGAUGCGGGGACGAUGGCUCCCACGGAGCAUGGAGAAUGCUUUGUCCUCAAUGAUGGGGGAGAAGUCGACCUCGAUUUAGGCAACUACGAGCGAUACCUUAACAUCAUCCUAACUCGCGAAAACAACAUCACAUCUGGCAAGGUCUACCAGCAUGUCAUUGAGCGGGAACGGAAGGGUGACUAUCUGGGCAAGACGGUCCAGAUGGUACCGCAUGUCACAGACGCGAUACAGGAUUGGAUCGUUAGGGUUGCGCAGAUCCCGGUCGAUGACACGAAUGAGUGCCCCGACGUUUGUAUCAUUGAACUCGGUGGUACUGUCGGAGAUAUUGAGAGUGGCCUCUUCACUGAGGCCAUGAGACAAUUGAAGAGGAGAGUGGGAAAGGGCAAUUUUGUUCAAAUCCACGUCUCCCUGGUGCCUGUUAUUUCUGGGGAGCAGAAGACCAAGCCUACGCAGCAGGCUAUCAAGGAAGUUGGACGAGAGGGAUUGGUUCCUGACUUGAUUGCAUGCAGAUGUGAUGUACCUCUCGAGAAGUCCACCAUCGACAAGAUCGCCAUGUUCUGCCAGGUAGAGAACGAGCAGGUCCUCGCAGUCCAUAACGUCCUGACAACAUAUCACGUCCCUCUACUCCUCGAGAAGCAAGGUCUCGUCAAGAACCUUACCUCGAUGCUGAAUCUCGAUGCUAUUCCUAGAGCUAGCAGCCUAGUUGAUCGUGGAUCUCGUACUUGGACGGAAUGGAAGAACCUCACUUCUUCUCAGGAACGCCUCUUCGAGACCGUGAAUAUCACCCUCGUCGGCAAAUACACAAAUCUUCAUGACAGUUACCUCUCUGUCAUUAAGUCCCUGGAGCACAGCGCCAUGCGCUGCGGCAAGAAGCUCAACCUCGUCUGGGUUGACGCCUCUAACCUCGAAGAGGAGGCUAGAACUGAGAAACCUGCCGAGUUCCACAAGGCCUGGCACUCAGUCUGCACUGCGAACGGCAUUCUCGUCCCCGGUGGCUUCGGGCAUAGAGGCACAGAAGGCAUGAUCCAAGCCGCGAAAUGGGCUCGUACUAAUAAGACCCCCUAUCUGGGUAUAUGCCUUGGCUUGCAAAUCGCGGUCAUCGAGUUCGCACGCAACGUCUGCGAUAUCCCGAACGCGAGUUCAAUCGAAUUGAACGAGCAAUGUCCUGACCCAGUCGUUAUCUUUAUGCCUGAAAUCGACAAGGUGAACUUGGGCGGCACGAUGCGUCUCGGCCUCCGUCCAACAAUAUUCCAAGAAGGGUCUGAGUGGUCGCGUCUGCGCCAGCUUUAUGGUGAGAAAAAGGAGAUACAGGAGAGACAUCGACAUAGAUACGAAGUCAACCCUGAAUACGUCGAUCGUCUCGCGGUGAAAGGCUUGGAGUUUGUGGGCAAGGACGAUAAAGGGGUCCGAAUGGAGAUUCUGGAGCUAAAGGAUCAUCCUUGGUAUGUGGCCGUGCAGUUCCAUCCUGAGUAUAUGAGCAGGGUGUUGCAACCUAGCAAGCCAUAUCUUGGGUUCGUGGCUGCUGCUAGUGGGUGUCUGGAAAAAGUCACCGCGGAUUGCAUGCGGGACAGCGUCAAUGGUCUCGAGGAGGGAAUUAAUGGCGUUCGGAUUUGA